AUUUUAGUUCUCGAAGUUUCUUUAUUCAUUUCUCAAUGAUUGAAAUUGUAUGUUGUUUUGUUAAAGGUACUAAGUAUAUGUAAGUUAUGUACUAAAGUACAUACUGUACGGACUGUGUUUUUUUCUUCAGAGUUUGCCGUCACAUGAAUUUGACAGAAGUAAAUAAAGAUCGCUUCUCAGACAAGUAAAAUGCCUUUCCUGGAAAAUCAGUCAAUUGUGACCCCUGAAAGCAAUGUCAGUGACCCAUAUAACCGUACAUUUCCCCACAUGACCCCAGAGGAAGAGGUCAGGAACUUUUACAUUGGACUGUUUCUGGCCAUCAGCUCCAGUGUGUUUACUGGGUCAAGUUUUAUUUUUAAAAAGAGAGGACUUCUCAACUUUGCAAAACAUCAAGGCACCAGAGCAGGGCAAGGUGGUUAUGGCUACCUGAAAGAGUGGUUUUGGUGGACCGGGAUGAUUCUAAUGAUACUAGGGGAAUUUGUCAACUUUGCAGCCUAUGCAUUUGCAAAUGCUACAUUGGUAGCUCCAUUGGGUGUUCUGAGUGUUUUAGUGAGUGGAGUGUUAUCCUCAAAAUUUCUAAAGGAGAGGCUGAAUUUGUUAGGAAAAGUAGGCUGCGGGAUGUGCGUUGUGGGGUCAACAGUUAUUGUUCUUCAUUCCCCAAAGGAACAGGAGAUUGCAAGCAUGGAUGAAUUAAUUGAGAAAAUGAAAGAUCCAGUAUUUAUAGUGAUCGCUGCCUUGGUGUUGAUUGUGACCAUCCUCACCAUUAUCUUCCUAUCCCCUCGCUAUGGACAGAAAACAGUCAUCAUCUAUAUCAUUAUAUGUUCUAACAUGGGAUCCUUUACAGUUCUAGGCUGCAAAGGGUUAGGAGUGGCUCUCAGGGAAACCUUCAAAGGCAGGAACGAGUUCACAAACUGGUUAACCUGGGUUCUACUGGUAGUGGUGGUAGUGUGUAUAUUAUUCGAACUCAAUUACCUCAACAGAGCCUUAGAUACUUACAACACAGCAGUUGUGAUUCCAGUUUACUAUAAACCAAUUCAAGUUCUCUCAGGAGUCGUACCGAUUUUGGUACUUUUGUUUUUGCUGUAUUGGUACAUAAUGUUCAACGACACUGGACAGUCCUUUUCCAGUGUUUUAUCUACAACACUAUCUAGCACCCCAAAGCCUUCCGGCAUGCCUGCCGUAGGAAACACUACAGUGGAAGUAGCUGUAGACAAUACAACUAACAUCACUGAUCUGUCCAAUCAGACGAUGCCCUACACGACCCCAGAGGAAGAGGUCAGGAACUUUUACAUUGGUCUGUUCCUGGCCAUCAGCUCUAGUGUGUUUAUUGGGACCAGUUUUAUUUUCAAGAAGAGGGGACUGCUUAAACUUGCAAAAUACCAGGCAACUCGAGCAGGAGAGGGUGGCUAUGGAUACCUGAAAGAAUGGUUAUGGUGGGCUGGAAUGAUUCUCAUGAUACUUGGAGAAUUUGCUAACUUUGCAGCCUAUGCCUUUGCACCAGCAACCAUGGUUACACCUUUAGGGGCUUUGAGUGUUCUUGUGAGUGCCGUCUUGUCCUCCAAAUUUCUGAAGGAGAAGCUGAACUUGCUGGGUAAGAUAGGCUGUGGACUGUGUAUUAUAGGAUCAACUGUUAUGGUUCUACACUCCCCCAAAGAACAGGAAGUAGAGAGUAUGGAGGAUCUAGUCGAGAAAAUCAAAGAUCCAGUAUUUAUUGUGAUGGCUAUUGUGCUGUUGACGAUAGCUGUUCUCACCAUCAUCUUCUUGGCUCCACGCUACGGACAGAAAACUGUCAUAGUCUACAUCACUAUAUGUUCCUCUCUUGGUGCGUUUACCGUCAUGGGCUGCAAAGGUGUAGGUGUUGCCAUCAAAGAAACCUUCAAAGGCAGGAACGAGUUCACAAACUGGUUAACCUGGGUUCUACUGGUAGUGGUGGUAGUGUGUAUAUUAUUCCAGCUCAAUUAUCUCAACAGAGCCUUAGACACUUACAACACAGCUGUUGUGACUCCUAUUUAUUACGUUUUCUUCACGUCCUUUGUUAUAUUUAUGUCUGUGAUAUUAUACAAGGAGUGGGGGAACAUGAGUGGAGUGGACAUAGCGGGGGAUUUAUGUGGUUUCUUGACCAUAGUGGUGGGUAUUUUCUUGUUGCAAGCCUUUAAAGACAUGAACAUUUCCCUGGCAAAUCUUCCUAAAGCCAGGAAGGAGGACAGCUUACACAACGGGGAGGUGUUAGUAGAACGGUACCAUGACGAUGACGAUGAACAGCAUCUCCUUGACAAUGACAGCGAGGAACCCUCACUACAGAUUCAGACUGACUACGACGAUCCUCAGUCUUUUUCUGAAGAAUUCAGGCCUUAAUUCAUUGUCUUCAAAAACUUACCACAUUCCAGCAUAAUAUGACAUUUAACCAGAGUCAGGAGUAUCAGGAUGGAUAGUCUUUCUCAGAAUUAUUCAGGCACUAAAUACAUUUUUGUCUCUCUGUUUUAUUUUUUGUAGCAUGCCAUGACUGUUGUCCAUAUUUUGAGAGAUGAUCAUGAUAUAUAGUCUAUUUAUUGUUGUCAAAUGUUUGUCAUGGAUCUAACUAAAUGCAGUUUUCAUCCAUAAAGAGAUUUAUUUUUUAAAUCAUUUGUUCCAUGAUGAAUGAAUCAUUAUUACCUUUACUUAAAUACAGGUCUUUAUAAGUGU